UUGCUCUCAAUAGGAAAUUUUUUUCCUUACUAUAAACAGUUUAACUCAAAAAAUGAGUUUAAUUUAUAUUCCAUUGGUGUUUACAGCACUAUUUUACAUUCUGUACCGUUACUUCACAAGGACCUUUAAUUAUUGGAAAGAUAGGGGUAUAACAGGCCCAGACCCUAUACCAUUCUUUGGUAAUAUCAAAGAUUCAACAUUUCGACGCGAAUUUAUUGGUGAAACGUUUGUAAAGAUUUAUAAACAAUAUCCUAAUGAAAAAGUUGUUGGAGUUUAUAGGAUGACCACGCCUUGUCUUCUUAUUAGAGACCUGGACAUUAUAAAGCAUAUAAUGAUCAAAGAUUUUAAUAAAUUUACCGACCGCGGUAUCGAAUUCAGUAAGGAAGGUUUGGGAGCGAACCUCUUCCACGCCGAUGGAGACACAUGGAAAGUUCUAAGAGCUCGCUUUACACCACUUUUCACUUCUGAAAAACUGAAAAAUAUGGUGUACUUAAUGACUCAACGUGGUGAAAAGUUUCUUCAACAUGUCGAGAAAAUAACGCUUGAUCAGCCAGAACAGAAAGUUCACACACUUGUACAGAAAUACACAAUGUCGACAAUAUCAGCUUGUGCCUUUGGAAUUGACAUAAAAAAUUUUGAAGACGGUGACAAAAUAAUGGAAUCGCUUUAUAAAAUUGAUUCCGACAUUUUUUCAGCCAGUUUUGCAUUUGAACUGGAUAUGAUGUACCCUGGUUUAUUAAAAAAACUAAACGCAUCGCUUUUCCCAAAGCAUGUCACGAAUUUCUUUCAUUCCCUUGUUGCGGGAGUAAUCCAAGAGAGAAGUGGUAAGCCAUCGAACAGAAAGGACUUUAUGGAUUUAAUUCUGGAAUUGAGACAGCAAAAAAAUAUUUAUUCAUAUAAAAAAACAGAUACAGAUAAACAAACAUAUUUAGAACUGACAGAUAGUAUAAUUGCUGCUCAAGCAUUUGUGUUUUUUGCAGCCGGAUAUGAAACAAGUGCAACAACUAUGUCAUUUAUGCUCUAUUUACUAGCAAAAAAUCAACAUGUUCAAGACAAACUACUAGCAGAAAUCGACGAAGUACUCAAAAAGCACAAUGGAGAAAUAACCUAUGAUACUAUAAAAGAUAUGACCUACAUAGAAAAAGUAUUUGAUGAAACACUGCGCAUGUUUCCAUUAGUAGAACCACUGCAAAGAACUGCACAGGAGGAUUACAAAAUUCCGGAUACUGAUAUUACAAUAAAAAAGAAUCAAAUGGUAUUAAUAACACCACGUGGAAUUCAAUACGAUCCUAAGUAUUACCCCAAUCCUGAAGUAUUUGACCCUGAAAGGUUUAAUCCUGAGACAGCAGGUGAGAGACAUCCCUGUGCUUACAUGCCUUUUGGAGUUGGUCCCAGAAAUUGUAUUGGUAUGCGUUUUGCUAAAAUACAAUCCCGUAUCUGCAUGGUAAUGUUAUUAUCCAAGUUUCGAGUUGAAUCCUCAAAGAAUACAAUGAAAGAAGUAAGAUUUCAUCCAAAAAGACUAGUAAUGACUCCUGCCGAUGGUAUUAUGUUAAAUCUAGUACGUAGAACCACAUGAUUCACCAUACAAUAUCCAAAGUUAAUGUAAAUAAAUAAAUAAAAUAUUUUUUAUCAGACA